GCUCUCGCGUCCAGGCGACGACCCGCUGAUUGACGAGGAAAGCAACCGCGACAUCAACUCGGUGGCCGGGGUCUUGAAGCUGUACUUCCGCGGCCUGGGGAACCCGCUCUUUCCCAGCGACAGGUUCAACGACCUCAUCGCCUGCGUCCGAAUGGAGAACCUCUACGAGCGAGCCCAGUGCAUCCAAAAGAUCCUCCUGGGGGUGCCGAGGGCCACGCUGGUGGUGAUGCGCUACCUCUUUGCUUUCCUCAACCACCUGUCCAAGUACAGCGACGAGAACAUGAUGGACGCCGGGAACCUGGCCAUCGUCUUCGGGCCGACUCUGCUGCCCACCCCGGACUCGCUCGACCAGGUGGCCUGCCAGGCGCACGUCAACGAGGUGGUCAAGACGGUCAUCCUGCACCACGACAACAUCUUCCCAGACACCAAGGAGCUGCCGGGGCCGCUCUACGAGACCUGCAUGACCGGCGAGCAGUACUGCGAGAGUCCAUUCAGCGAGCCGGGAGCCCUGGAAGACACGGAGCCGGACGCCGGCACCGAGACCCAGACCAGCGACGAGGAGGGCGAGGCGGUGGAGGCGGUGGCGAGGUUCGACUACGUGGGCCGCUCGGGCCGCGAGCUGUCUUUCAACAAGGGGGCCACGCUGCUCCUCUACCAGCGCGCCUCCAACGACUGGUGGGAAGGGCACCACAACGGCAACCGCGGCCUGGUGCCUCAUCAGUACAUCGUGGUGAAGGACAGGGGUGACGCCGCGUCGGACGCGCUGAGCCAAAAAGCCGACAGCGACGGCGGGAGCAGCAGCACCGAGGACAAGAGGUCCACCCGAGACCUGCGCUCGCCGCCCGACGUCCGACCGCCAGAGUCAUACCACAGGAGGAAGCGGACAGAGGGCUUAUUCCGCCGUCCGCUGGGCCGCUCGACCGACUACCACGGCAACGGGGCGGCCAUGGAACGCGGCUCGCCCCCGGUGACGGGUCACUUCAGCCCCCGGGAUCUGCUGCUGGGGCGGGGCCAGGGCCCGACGCCGCCCCCGGACAGCCCGGAGCGCCGGCGGCGUUCGGACAUCGCGGAGACGGUGAGCGCGGCCCUGGGGGACUUCCGGCCGGCGGAGCGGCAGGGCCGCAGGCCGGCCCCGGACGUGGUCCUGGACACCUUGGAGCAGGUGAAGAACGGCCCCCCAGCCCCGUGCUCCUCCGAGUCCCCGAGCCCCCACAGCACGCCCAGCACGCCGGGCACCCCGGGGACCCCCGGCACCCCGAGCCCCCUGGGGCCCCUCAGCCCCGUCAGCCCGCUGCCGGGACCGCCGCCGAGCCACGCCGGGCGCAAGCGGGCCGCGGGAGGAGAACAGGGUAUCGCCAAACAUUUUGAGGGUACAAAGUCGGACGAGUGA